AUGGAGAAUCCCGUGCCUCGGAAGCUGGAACGGGAAGUUUCCCCAGGCCCCUGCUCUCCUUACCACCCCGAGUGUGGGAACCGGGGACAUCGGGGUCCCCACUAUACUGUGCACGGGGAGAGCCACUGCCAGUCCCCCACGGCCAGCAUCCCGGGAGGGCCACCCAGCCGUGCGGUCUCCGGGCCCAGGCCCCCGCCCGGCGCUUGGCGGUGUGAGUGGGUUCUCACGUGUCCCCCGGGGCCCACCCUGCGCCUGAACCUGGCGCCCUCGCGGGAGCUCCGGGUGGGCUCCCGGGAAGCUCCGGCCGGCAGGGUCCAGUUCCUGCCCCAAGCCCACCCCGCCGCCCCAGGGCCGCCCCCACUGUCCAUCCCGUCACGGCCACUGGGGUCCAAGACUCAGGCCUUCGAGGUCCUGACAGGCCUCGGGGGCCGGCCGGGGUCCAGGCCCUCCCUCCCCAGAAUCCGCGGCCACGCCUGCCACACGGCCGUCUCGGGUCCCACUCGCCAGAAGCAUCGUCCAGUGACCUCUGCAGACACGGAGGAGCCGGCCCAGGGAGGCUCUCGGGGACCCCUGACCCCAGGCACCUUCACGGAGACCAUCCCGGAAAGGGACAGCCAGGGACAGUGUGGACGUGACGUGCCCACCUCACUCCCGGGGCGGGAGAAGGUCCGAGAAGGUGUUUCGUCCAAGGAGAGCAUCCUGGACCAGGACGCGGUGGUCCGGGCUCCCGGACGCGCAGGCUGUGUGGUCCGGUGCGCCGUCGGCCCAGCUGGCUCCCGGCAGCCGGUCCUCAUCUCGCCGGACACGUCAAAGGAAGCGGGGGCUGAAAGGUCUGAGGUCUUAGUUCUGGGGCUCCCAGAGGAGUCAGGGCCGGAGCGAGUUUUCCGGAGGCCCAUCCCGCAAGUUCUGCCCUCUGGCCCGUCCCUGCGCCCACCCGGGAAUUCCUCCCUGGAGAAAGGGGGGCUCCAGCGAGGAGUCGCUGCGCGUAAAUCACCGGCAGCCGCGUUGGGUGCCCCGUCGACCAUCAGUACCCGCCGACGCGGAGGACCCGUGUCGUCCGGGGCGCACGGCGUCCCCAGCAGCGGGCCUGGCCCUACCAGUGUGACUGUGUGUUUGGUCCUCACGCCCGGGGAAGGGGCCGGUGCCGCUGUCCUCACCCGCGUGGGGGCCUGCGGCUCUGUCCACUGCCCAGGGCCACGUGCCAAGUGCAGCCAGAGAAGGGCCCCACCCCGUGCGGCCAGCCCCAAGGCCGCCCACGGCCCAGCCCCGGGCCUCAAGGGUGGACUCGACGGGACCCAGCCCGACCCCUGGGGGACCCAGCUCGACCCCUGGGGGACCCAGCCCGACCCCUGGGGGACGCAGCCCGACCCCUGGGGGACCAAGCCCGACCCCUGGGGGACGCAGCCCGACCCCUGGGGGACCCAGCCCGACCCCUGGGGGACGCAGCCCGACCCCUGGGGGACCCAGCCCGACCCCUGGGGGACCCAGCCCGACCCCUGGGGGACGCAGCCCGACCCCUGGGGGACCCAGCCCGACCCCUGGGGGACCCAGCCCGACCCCUGGGGGACGCAGCCCGACCCCUGGGGGACCCAGCCCGACCCCUGGGGGACGCAGCCCGACCCCUGGGGGACCCAGCCCGACCCCUGGGGGACGCAGCCCGACCCCUGGGGGACCCAGCCCGACCCCUGGGGGACCCAGCCCGACCCCUGGGGGACGCAGCCCGACCCCUGGGGGACCCAGCCCGACCCCUGGGGGACGCAGCCCGACCCCUGGGGGACGCAGCCCGACCCCUGGGGGACCCAGCCCGACCCCUGGGGGACGCAGCCCGACCCCUGGGGGACCCAGCCCGACCCCUGGGGGACGCAGCCCGACCCCUGGGGGACGCAGCCCGACCCGGGCCGGUUUGCUCGAGUGCCUGGAGGCUGCUGCUGCUCUGUAAGCCUUGGUCCCUUCUCCAAACGCCACCGCGUGAAUGCCAUGAAUACUAUCUAA